AUGGAGAUUUACUCUCCCCUCCGCCGUACCCCUACCAGCACCUCUGAAAACGACGCUGACGACAACGCCGCUCUCACUGCUGUCCAAUCGACCAGUUCCUCUACGACUUCCACCACUCGUCCUUCUCAAAAACUAACUGGCCGGACCCUUUCAACCCAUUCUUUGUUGGCCGCUCACAAGAAUCCUGAUGUCCGCAGAGGUACCCAUGUUGAAACUACCAGGACCAACGCUGGCCGCUCUAGUAUAAGCAUGCCGCCGCCGAACACCAAACCUAGCGCCGAUAGACGUCUAUCGACCUCUCUUUCUUCAAUUCGCUCUCUGAGGAAGUCCGAGGAGUGCGCCAGGAGCCCACCGUCGUCCGUGAAAAGCAUUGAAGAGGAUAGGAUACCAUACAGCAGCUCUCCUACAACCCAGAACUCAACAAUAGCACAUGAUCCCACGGUGGUGACAACCACGUCUACAUCCAUUGCUCCAGGUCUGCCAGUGCUUUCGCCUCCUGCCUUCAAUCCAAGCGUUCCUAAUCUCUCGGAUCUAGUGUCAAAUAUAUCGUCUCAAGUUUCAUCUCCAACGACAAAUGCUCCGAAAAGCGACAUGUCUUUGCCGUCUGCUACUGCUGGCCAACCAUCAGGAAUCGCUGGGAAGUCCGAUGGCGCAGAGACCGCGUUCCCUGUUCGUCCGCCUCGGAUAUCUCACCCUCGUUCAUCUUCUGGUCGACGCUUGAGUACCGCUGGAUCUUCCAGGAAUGAGAGCAUUAAUUCGGAUAAAACACCUGUAGGCAGAAUCGGCGUUUGUGCUCUUGAUAUCAAGGCCAGAAGUCGACCUAGUCGCCAAAUCUUGACCCGCCUUCAGGGAGAAGGGGAAUUUGAAGUCAUUGUUUUCGGCGACAAAGCAAUUCUCGAUGAAGGCAAAUGUCGAGAACGGCCCAUAUGCGACUAUCUUAUUUCUUUUUUCUCAGACGGCUUUCCUCUCGACAAGGCAAUCGCAUAUGUCAAGUUACGAAAACCGUUCGUGGUCAACGACUUGGCCAUGCAAAAGGUUCUCUGGGACCGACGUUUAUGUCUCAAAAUCCUCGACCAAAUGCAGAUCCCUACCCCCAAGAGGAUAGAAGUCAACCGAGAUGGUGGCCCGAGGUUAGAGUCACCAGAGCUUGCCCAGCACGUGAAAUCCAUGUCGGGUGUGGUUCUCGAUGGGCCGGAGGAUGGUACUGGAGGUGGCACUCCAACUACAAAAUCCGUUGAGCUGAUGGACGAUGGAGACACUUUGGUGGUUGACGGGAAACCUUUCAAGAAACCUUUUGUCGAGAAGCCUGUCAAUGGGGAAGACCACAAUGUCAUCAUCUAUUUCCCCAAAAGCCAAGGCGGUGGCGCUCGUCGACUUUUCCGCAAGAUCGGCAAUAAAUCGUCAGAGUAUGAUCCUGACCUGGUCGUUCCGAGGUGCAUAACAGAACCGAACAGCAGUUAUAUCUACGAGCAGUUCUUGAAGACAGAGAAUGCAGAGGAUGUCAAAGCCUAUACUGUUGGUCCGCAUUAUUGCCACGCUGAGACGAGAAAAUCGCCAGUCGUGGACGGUUUGGUCCGACGCAAUACACACGGCAAGGAGCUGAGAUAUGUCACGAAGCUGAGCGAGGCGGAAAAGGAGAUGGCUGCAAAGGUAUCGCGCGCCUUUGGGCAACGAAUCUGCGGCUUCGAUCUCCUACGGACCGGUACGGCGAGCUAUAUCAUCGACGUCAAUGGGUGGAGUUUUGUCAAAGACAACGAGGACUAUUACAACGACUGCGCAAAGAUACUGAGAAACAUCUUCCUCGCCGAAAAGUGGAAACGGGAAAAUGCUCUGGUGGAAGAGACGCAGGUUGACAACGGGGGUGACGGUUCUCAGAGCCGCCAAGGCACAAGCCAUUCAGCUCGAUCGGCACUCAAGACCAUCCUCAAGUCCCCCAGUAUGUCGAAAUUGUCUCAGCAUCUGCCGCAUUCGUCCAGACACCAUCACGGCAGCCUUUCUGGCUCUCCCAAGAUUUCUUCUCUGACCACUCCGAUGAGUUCGCCGCCAAGCACGGAGAAGACCACUCACGCCUUGAUGGUUCCGACCGCGGCUGAGAAGGACAGCAUUCUUUCAACACCAAUAUUAGUCCCCGAGGCUGCGGAUGUGGCGACGGGUCCUGCAGCGCCUGCCAAGCAUGAAGGCCCUGCAGCUCCUAUGCCAAGUUCAAAGCAUUCAUGGAAGCUCAAGGGCGUUGUCUCGGUCAUCAGACAUGCUGACCGGACUCCAAAGCAAAAGCUAAAGUUCACUGCUCACUCACAAGUGUUUGCCGACCUGCUCAAGGGCCAUCACGAAGAGGUGCUACUGAAAGGCGAAGCUGCCUUGGCAAGUGUGCAGGCGGCUAUCAAGGUUGCGCUGAGAGACAAACUCGAAGAUCCAGACAAAUUACGCAACUUGCAGAAUGCAUUGUCGAAGAAAAUACAUCAGCCAGGUACCAAGGUGCAAAUCAAGCCAAUGUUUCGCAAGAGGAAGCCGGAAGAGAUGCCCCCAUCUGCGGAUGCUUUGACCAGUACAGACGCGCUCUCGAACAUAGAAUCCGAGCAGCAACUGCUUGAAGCAGUGAGCAAUGAUGAGAGACAUGGAUCUGUGUCUAGCACCAAGGAAAUACGCCGAGUACAAACAAGGAGUGACUCCAUAUCUGGUGCCACCUUCUCCCGUUUCUCGGCGGCGGAAAAUGAUCUCGUUCUGGACAAGCUACAAUUGGUCAUGAAAUGGGGAGGAGAGCCUACGCAUUCGGCUAGAUACCAGGCACAGGAUCUCGGUACCAAUAUGAGGGACGAUUUCAAAUUACUCAACAAGGAAGUGCUCGACGAUGUCCGGAUCUUCACGAGUUCCGAAAAGCGUGUCAAGACAAGUGCACAAAUAUGGACGGCAGCAUUCCUGGACCGCCAAGAUCUGCCUGAAGAUUUCAUUCGGGUCAGGAAAGAUCUCCUGGACGAUUCCAAUGCGGCCAAAGAUGUGAUGGAUAAGGUCAAGAAGAAGCUUAAGCAUCUCCUUCGCGAGGGAACCGUCCCAGACUCAUUUGCUUGGCCGAAAGAUGUUGCAGAACCAUAUGUGGUCAUGCAAAAUGUGGUUGACCUGCUCAAGUUUCAUCGACGGGUUAUGCGGCACAACUUCAAAAAGCUCUCGACCGGCGCCGUGGCUUCCCUCAGCGCCCUCAAUGGUGCCGGAGAGGGCAGAGACGGGAAUGGGCAAAAUAAAGAAACAAUCAGCGUCGCCUCCAUUCAGUCACGAUGGUGCACCGGCGAGGACGCAGAGCUCUUCCGAGAAAGAUGGGAGAAGCUCUUCUCGGAAUUUUGCGACACCGAAAAGGCAGACCCUAGCAAGAUCUCUGAGUUGUAUGACACGAUGAAAUACGACGCCCUGCAUAACAAGCAAUUUCUCGAGUGGGUGUUCACCCCCAGUCAAGCACUCUUAGAUGAAUUGGCGAAAGAAGAGGGCCUAUCGUCCAAUGUGUCUUCUGAGACUGAAAGACCAGACGAGAUUUCACCGCCCCCCAAUGGUACACGUCACGAGAGCGCUGUCUCAUUUACUGGUGGGACGUCUGAGGCUCGGCAUAGUCUCGCCCAGAAGAUUGGAUUGAGAAGACAGUCGGUCCUCAGACAGCCCUUGCCUGCCGCUCCUCUGAUGUCGUGGGAACAAGGUGCUUCCUAUUUCAAGUUAUUCAGCGGAUCUGGCGAUGGUCGACCGAAGCAAGAUCAAAAGCUCGGCCGCUUAAGAGAGCUGUACCGAUACAGCAAGAUCUUGUUUGAUUAUAUCGGCCCGCAGGAAUACGGUAUCAGUGACGAAGAAAAACUCGAGAUCGGCCUCUUGACAUCAUUGCCCUUGCUUCGUGAGAUUGUGGAUGAUCUAGAAGAAUUGCAGGCGUCGGGCGAUGCGAAGUCAUUCAUCUACUUCACCAAGGAAUCACACAUAUACACUCUACUCAAUUGCAUCAUGGAAGGCGGCAUCCACACCAAAAUCAAACGCUCCACAAUUCCGGAACUUGACUAUCUCUCUCAGAUCUGUUUUGAACUCUAUGAAGCCAAGGACGCCGAGACCGCGGAAUCGACGUACUCGAUACGCAUCACCAUCUCCCCUGGUUGCCACACGAUCGAUCCAUUGGACGUUUCCCUGGAUUCUAAGCACGCGAUUGGAAGCGCGCCGCGGCGAUCAUUGACGAACCAUCAAGAUUGGAAAGAAGUCAUUUCCACCCUGAAAGCGAAGUUCAAUACAGUGCAACUGCCGAAGAGCUUCUUGGCGGUAAAUGUGAGUGAGAAGCACGAAGAGGAGGCACAACGACGGGCCAGUCUGUUGCAGAGCGAGGCUGCGAAGGAGAAACAUGGUCGAAAAGAAGGAGAGGACGAUGCAGUGGCGAAAGAUGCGGACGCCGAGGGCGGGCAUCGAUUCGAAAAUGCGAACGCUCAAGGCAAAGAACUAUCUCUGGAAUCUAAGCCCAGAGAGCGACAAACAGUGCCUGCACAAUUCUUGACUUCAGAGGACAAGACAAGGUCGAUAUAG